CUGAUUCGGAAGCACAUCUUUUUUUCCAACUGAUAACACUUUGAUUUCCAAAACAUAUCCAAUACAUUCUAAAGUGUAAUUAGACUGUAUAUAAUUUCACUUUCUCUUAUUUUAAACUGUUUUCUCAGAAUUUGACUUUUGAGUAAGCUGAGGCAGAAAUUGGCAAUAUGUGCGUGGGCCAGAUAGAAGAUAUAACAAAACCACAAAAGGUUUCUGUCAUAUUGUUUCUACAGGUCUCUUUCUCUGGCAUCUCAUUGGAGAUGCGAGGGAAAGUGCUGGAGUAGGUUUUCUCUUGCCUUAUGGAGAAUACAUUAACACAGGGAUGUUUCAUCGUAUCAAAUCACAUUUUGCUAUAAAAAAAAAAGUAGACCAAAGUUAUGGCCCAAACUCUCUGCAACAGCGCCAAUUAAAUUUCGAUCAGCUUUAGUUUUCCCUUCAAAUAAUUAAAGUAGAAGGAUGUUAAUGAUGUUUGAGAGGAAAAUGGAGUAACACCCACUAACUUCUGUCAAGCCAACCUUAUUCAUAGAGUAUAUUUCAUAUGGCAAUCCUAAGUGCUUUAAAAGAAAAAAAAAAAAAUUAUUGAUCAACCAAAACAAAUUCAAUUAUAAAAAAACAAUAGAAAUUAGUUUUUUUUUUGGCAAAGAGCUCAAGCAAAAAUGUCCAUAAUGACUGAAAGAACCACAAGCUGAUUUUGGGUUGAUUCCAGGUUUGAUGAGAAGACCUUUACAUGAACACCUCACAGAUCUGUUUGGACUUUAUUCAGUGAACACUUCAAACAUGGAAAAGAACCAGAACAUUUAAAGAGAUUAUGAGAUGAGGUCAUAUGCUCAAACCUUUUGGUUUGGUCUGGUAAAUAGCCUAGCCUAGCUAGCAGCAUCUUUUAUCAAUUUAAAUGAAUUGACGUCUUGCAUGAGUGAGGAAAACGUGUUGCUGUAAUGUAAUCUACUAGAAACAAAUGAAUGAAUUUAUCUAAUCCGGGUUGAGGUAGGAAGGAUCUAACUUUGGAUAUUUUGUUUCUAAAUGGACAACAUGCCACCAGUAAUAUUUACAGGUGCAUCUCAACGAAUAAAAGUACCAUCAAAACGUGAAUUUAUUUCAGUAAUUCAAUUCAAAAAGUGAAUUGUCUUUAUGUAAAAAAAAAAAACUUACCCUCUUUGUGGAGGGUGUCAAUGACUGCUGAACAACCGUGAGGUCAGCAGCCCAUGAUUUUGUAGGCCAUAACUUAAUAUUUCUGGAACAAUUUUCAUUUUAAUGAUCUCAUGUAGCUAGCUGUAAGUGAUCAUCAUCAAAACGAACAGAAAUAAACUUGUAAUCUGCAUGUAAUCAACAUAUAAGUUUCACAUUUUGAGAUUAAUUGCUGAAAUCAAUCAACUUUUGAUUAUGUUCAAAUUUACUGAGAUUCACUUAUGCGUUUCUGAAAAUUAGGAUCAAAACCAAACGGCUUUUUUUGACAUGUUGAAAGGUUUAACCAGCACAGACUCGUAAAUGAUUAUCUUUAUCACCCGUUUCCAGAAGAGAUACCCCCCAACAUAUAAUCUGGCAAACAAGUUGUGCAAGGUUACUUUGGCUCUCCUUUUAUGUCACAUCUGUGCUGCUACGUAGCUCCUCUCUUUGGCAUGCUGCUGACUAGCUGGGCAGUGGUCAGGGCACAGAUUGGGGAGAGCCUAUUUCUGCCGAGAUAGGAGGCAAUGUGAAAGUGGGGACCAGCUGUGUUCGUGGAAUUAAUCACGUCUGUAAUAGCAAGUAAAUAAAGUCGUCCAGACUCGGUGUAAUGAGGGACUGCACAUCAAAAGCUAUGGCUGGACCCAGGCCUGUGGUGUUCAGCGGCCCAUCCGGGGCAGGAAAGAGCACCCUGCUGAAGAAACUCAUGAAGGAAUAUGAAAAUGUGUUUGGCUUCAGCGUCUCCCAUACAACAAGAAACCCUCGUCCAGGAGAAGAGAACGGCAGAGAUUACCAUUAUGUUACACGGGAGGCGAUGCAGGCGGCCAUCAACAACGGCGAGUUCAUCGAGAACGCAGAGUUUUCUGGGAACCUGUAUGGCACGAGUAAAGCCGCCGUCCACACUGUCCAGGCCAAGAACCUCAUCUGCAUACUCGACAUCGACAUGCAGGGCGUGAAGAACAUCAAGAAGACGGACCUCGACCCAAUUUACAUCUCCAUCCAGCCGCCAUCCAUGGAAAUCUUGGAGACACGAUUAAGAGACAGACAAACUGAGUCGGAGGAGAGCCUUCAGAGGCGUUUCCGUGCAGCCAAGGUGGACAUGGAGUUCAGUAAAGAACCUGGUGUGUUUGAUGUCGUUAUUGUCAACGACAAUUUGGAGGAUGCUUAUGGAAGGUUAAAACAAACUCUUCUUGAGGAAAUUAACAAGGUCAAGAAAACCAAGAUGUCUUCGUAGAAGACUACUCAGCCUGGUACCUCAUCCAUCCACUCCCUAUAAAACUCCAGACCUCCUUUCCUGCCAUGUACAUUCCUUCAGAAGGCAGUCUGUGAAACUCGGACAACAAAAAUUAGUGAAUCUGCAAACAUGUAUUUGGGGUUAACUAUAGUGAAAAUGUAUUGUAACGAGCAUUUUUAGAUAUGUUUUUUUUUUUGUUCUUUACGUUUGAAGAAAAGAUACUUAAAUGAUUCUUACUUGAAGUGUGGCAUGAACAGCGUGCAGGAGGGUCUCUGUACGACCGGAAUGCUUGCGUUUUUGUUCACUCACUAAGCCAGAGUAGUGUGACCCAUUCCAUCAUGUGGACAAACUAGUUUUAGGAUGUAGUCAGCCAAUAUGAGAUAUUGGUUUCUGCCGCCAAACUGUGCUUGUCUUAUCUUUCCAUCCAUCCGUUGUCUAUACCCUGUCAUUUGGUGAGAGGUGGGCUGCACCCUGGAUAGAUCAACAGUCAAUCAGGACAAACAAGCAUGCACACACACACUCAUACCUGAGGGCAACUUGGAGAGACCAAUUAACUUAACCGUCCUGUUUUUGGACUGUUGGAGGAAGAGAACCCUCAUGCACAGGGAGAACAUCCUAACUCCAGCCAGAAAACCCCAGGCUGGGAUUUGAACCAAGGACUUUCUUGCUGCAAGGCAACAGUGCCACCAACUGCACCACUGUGCAACCUGUCUUGUCUUUCUUCGUGUGUAAAAAUAGAUUAAUCAGCAGUUGUGGUAUGUGGUAUAAAAUUCAUAUUCCUCUCCGGCCGUUUACUUUCAGGGGGUCAUUCAUGUCAGCCAUACAUUUAAAACUACAUUUAUUCCAGAGUUGGUGAAGUAAUUUAUUUUUGUUGUUUGUAGUUGUUUAUGGUUUUUUUUUUAUUGUAUGUGUUGGCAGGAUUUGUUUUAUUUGGAGUUCUAUUUGAAUUAUGUUUGGCUUGACUUAAUACAAUCUUUGUUAAAAAACAAAUACUAUAUGACAGUCAGUUAUUUUUAUUUUUAUGUUGUUGAAGAAAAGGGGGAAAAGACAGUUGACUAUUUUACAAUUGUAAUUUUUUUUUAAAACCUUUUUUUUAUUGUCGCUUGCUCAUAUUGUAGCUUUACAUGUACAGUGAAAUGAAAUUCAGUGGACUUUAAAGCAUCUGCAAAAUUAAAUGGACAUGUUUAAGAUUUAUGUAUUCCCUAAAAAACAAAACGGCAAAUUUUAUUUUACAUUCAUAAUUAAAGAAAAUAUAUGAUGUAUUUGUGAGCUGGCAUCAGGAAGUUUCCCAGCAAUACUUAAAAAGUAAAACUAUUAAUGGGACCUCAUAAGAUCCAUUCGUUUGACCAAAAGUUAUAUAUUCCUGAUAUUAUUGUUCAUUAUUUAAGCUCAUUCUUAUUUACAGCAAUAACAUGUUACAUGUUAAAACUUCAAUAAAAUGAUACAACUACA